UACAGAGAUUUGUUUUUAGCCUAGCAGGGACACACGAGUGAAAUUGUAACCGAGUAAAAAAUAACUUCAAGCUUUUUGGUUUUCUUAAAACAUUCUCGCAAACGUCCUGCAUCUCUCCAUCGUUCUGGAGUAAACCUGCAACCAUGCCGGGGCACCGUGAUCGGGAGAAGAAGGAGAGCACAGCAGAGGAGAUGGAGGUGGAAGAGCACGAGCAAGACGCGUCCAGCUCAGAGGAGGAAGAUUCUGACACCUCCUCUGUCUCUGAGGAUGGAGACAGCUCUGAAAUGGAUGAGGAGGACUGUGAGCGGAGGAGGAUGGAGUGUCUCGAUGAAAUGUCCAACCUGGAGAAACAGUUCACAGAUCUCAAAGACCAGCUGUAUCGUGAGCGUCUUAGUCAGGUGAACAGCAAGCUGGCAGAGGUGGAGGCUGGGCGGGCAGCAGAAUAUCUGGAGCCUCUGGCUGUACUGCUAGAGAACAUGCAGGUCCGCACCAAAGUGGCAGGUAUCUACAGAGAGUUGUGUCUGGAGUCUGUGAAGAACAAGUAUGAGUGUGAGAUUCAGGCAGCAUGCCAGCACUGGGAGAGUGAGAAGCUGCUGCUGUUCGACACAGUACAGAGUGAACUGGAGGAGAAAAUUAGAAGACUGGAGGAAGACAGACACAGCAUAGAUAUUACAUCAGAGUUGUGGAAUGAUGAGCUUUCAGGAAGGAAGAAGAGGAGAGACGCUUUAAGUCCAGAUAAGAAGAGGAGACGACCUUCAGUGGUGUCUGGCCCAUAUAUUGUUUACAUGCUACCUGACUUGGACAUCCUGGAGGACUGGACAGCCAUCAGAAAGGCUGUGGCUACUCUGGGUCCCCACAGAGGGAAGGCCGACUCUGACAGCCCUGUGUUCCCAUUCAGACCAGACAGGAGCAGACCCAUUCUUAACUGCUGAGGAACACACACACACACACACACACACAUACAGUGUCACACACACACACACACACACUCAGUCACACAAUAGGAAUAUUCAAACACACCAGGAUCACAAACACAUGCACAACAUAGAUGCAAACAUAUAUAUGACAAGCAUGAACAUUCUUUGAAUCUUCCCACAAUCCACUACACUCCUCAGCUAACAGUGACACCAGUCGGUAAGCUGCCUCUUGUGCCAGCAGGCACACACAAUAAGGACUCAUGGGUUUGAACCCCUUUAGAGAACAAACAGGAAUAGAAGCAUUCAUUUACUUUUUUGUUGUUGUUUUUGUCUGUAUCAGUGUUGGUUUCUGUUUACUCAGUGGAGAGGUACAAGAAGGUUUCCCUCUUAAUGGACAGUUGUAAGGAAAAGUGUGAUGCCCAGAUUUCAACCUGUACAGGUUUUUAAAGACUGAUGUCUGCUGAAGCCAUUGAAACUAAUCCCAGUCUUCAUCACAUUUCAUUUCACUGUGAGAAGUUAUUUUUGGAAUGACUGUGUGCCCCAGAUUUGUGUUGUUUUCAAGGUGUUGAAGCCACUGAUGUGUCACUGGACACAAACUAAUGAAAUCAGGGUUUUAUUGACUGAUGUCUUGGAACUGUUCAGUAGCAAAGAAAGAGCCACAUUGCAGAGCAUGUGUGUGACACAAACUGGCAUAUAUUUUAUUUUUCAAUUUUAUCAUCAUAUCUUCUAAAUAGAGGGCUAAUACUCAAAGUGGCACAAGACAUGACUCCUGGCUUGAAAGUGAAACAGUGUUGAAACAUGAUUUAAAUCAUGUUUACAUGUGUAGUACACCAUUUCAGACUAUGAUAUUUAUAGUUUGUCCACUGAGGAUUAGAUUAAGACUGUUUGUAUUAAAAAAGGUUUUACAUUUUGGAUUGUAAGGUUUGAAAUUAUCGCCUCCCAAAAUCCUAGAUUUGGUGAUAGUGCCAUUGUCUUUACACACAAAAUGAGUGGGAACGUGACCAAAAUCAAGCAUUGUGUUUGACUUUGAUUGUGGCAGUGUCAGCUGGCAUUCCAGCUGAACUUAAAAUUUUUGUACAACCUUGUUAACACCCUGAGUAAACUGUUGCCUAGAUUUAGUAAACAUGUUUUACAGCUAGCAAACUCUGUUAUCUGACAUGGAAACCAUUUAACAAACACACCACAAGCUACGUUGAGUUUUCACAAUUGUUUGCAGCGCUGUAAUCACCAGCAGUUCAAGAGCCUUUGCAAACAUUUAAAUUUGAGCAUUUAUUUUGGGAUACCUUAGCGUGUAGAAGGUUUUCCUUUGUGGAGUAUUUAAACCAGGAUGUCAGGACCCUUAUAUGCUCAGCGACAAGGUCAAGGAGAAGGUUUCACAGGCUCCAUGUAAUUGUGUGUAAUUGUAAGCAUUGAGAUUUUGGUCAGUUGUGCCAUGAGAUAUUUUAAAUUUUUGUAACUUUUUUUUUUUAUUGUGGAUCAGUUCAAAUGUCUUGUAUGAGACUAAUUAUACUUUUUGGUAAGCUGUUUUGAAUAGUUAGUUGGUGAUCAUAUGACACUUUGUACAGUUUUGUUGUUUCAAAGCAUCCAGCACACAGUGCCUACUUUUAAGUCAGCUUCAUUGUCACAUUCUUUUUCUUGCAUUAUUAGUCACAGAGUCACAGUUUGGUUGCAGUGACUGUGGUUGAGACAAACUCAGUGGUAGUAGUAUUCAAAAUGAAAGAUAAGGCAAGAGAUACUCCCAAGAUCCUGUGUGCAUUAGUGACCACGACAGACUUUGUAGUACAUUCAGAAAGGAAUAAUACUUAGAUUUGGAGAUAGUGGUAUGUGGACGUUAAGGUAAGUUAAAGCCUAAAAUGUUAGUGUCCAUCUGAAUAUAAUCUAUAAUCCAAAUUCAAGGAGGUAUUGUAUUUCUACUGGACACUGACAUGUUAGACAUUAACUCACCCUUUUCAAACUGCCAGUGGACUUCCUCAUACCACCGACUCUGUUGGUAAGUGGUGAUAAGCACAUAGCAAUAAUAGGGGUAUUUCAGUAGAUCUGUUUGACCAUAUACAGUGUUUUUGGGAUACCAGGGCAUUUUCAAUAUAUUUUUGUUAACAGAGCUGGUUAUUUUUAUGUGGAUCAUAAAAUAAAGUCAGUUCACCAUUACAUCACUGCAACCGCAAACCGUAAUCAAUAAUGUAAUGAGUCAUGGUAACUGCAUUUACAAAAUUAUUUUGUAAUAACUGAGGGACAGAACAUAUGAAAAGUUAAAAUAACAAGGCAUCCCUUUAAAGUUGGUAUUCAACAGGUAUUACUGUUACAUUCUCUUCUUCUCACAUCUACCUCUUCUCUGUCUAUAUGUUGCUCACUUUUUAAAGUAAAAUCCAUGUUUGCAUUAUUACUGGUUUUUAUAUGGCUGCGUAGGAAUUGUCAGGAGUAUUUUUAAAAAGCCUACUGUGACGAUGAUGAUGAUGAUAAUUGUACAGACAGGGAAGGAACCAAACCAUGUCCUUCCUUCCAAUGAUACCCUGCCACUGAAUCUUCAUAGACACACCCCACUGUUUACAAAAGACGAUGAGCAAACUGCCAUUUAAUAAAAUUGAUUUCAUAAACAGAUGUUUUUAAAGAUUAAGGUGUUGGGGAUGUUAAAUAUUCACAUCAAUAUUUUUUUGACAGUUGAUGUUAAUGUGUCAGGUAUGUAUGUGUCUUUCUUGUUGAUGAUGUGGGUGGGUUUUACAAUUAAAAGUUUGUUUUAUACGUA